CGAUGGCAAUCCUGGUAAUUAUGACAACUGCAUCAUGUUUCUGCCAAGGCCAAGUGAUCUCCUAUAAUCCAUUCUUCAAGUAGGCAGACAUAAAUAUGCAAUUUCAACUCAUACUUAAGUAUUUUUAUUUUGUAUUCUGGACUAAAAUAAGCAUACAUUAAGCAGAGGCAUUGUGUUUCUCAUCAUAGCAUUGAAAUCCAACUCAUACUCCUAAUCUCAACUUUAACAAUGCUUUACACAUAAUACAGAAUUAAACUAAGCUAAUCUUUAUGUGGGUAGCUUUCACUAGCCAUGAUUACAUCCCCCAAAAGCGUUGCAAUCCUUCAGGAAUCCUGCAAAUUUUCUCAAUGCAAAAACCGUGUAAAAAAGGGGGCAAACUGCACUGCUCAUCUCUCACUCGUCUCCACCUUUCACCGAAAAGUGCAAGCACACAAACACACUCCCUUGACUUUACAUUAACUUAUAUUAUAAACACUCAUUAAAGUAUAUUUCAAAGCCAUUACCAAUCCUUGAUCUUGCACGGAUUCAUGUGACUUUCACCUCUCCCUUGUUCAUCCUGCUUUCUCUUUCACCAUAGAAAAAGAGAGAAGCAAAUGAUAAAUCUUCUUUUGUUAGAAACAGUUUGGAUUCUUUGAACAGGAGAAACUUGGUAGUGGGUGGUGCAGCAUUUUUCAGAAAGAAAAUCAUUUGAAGCUGAAUUUUUGGAAGAGAUGGGUGUUGUUACUGUUGCCGAACUGAAGCCAAGCAUAUCUGGGAAGAGAUCGUUUCGUCCAAGUUCCAGUAUAAGGCAUGCCACCGAAUGUUCCAUUUCAAUCAUUCUACCAUCUUGCAGGCCGAUUUCUGACGUUUCUAGUGAUCUCACUAUUGAAAUUGGAGCGUCAAGCUUUGCACUUCACAAGUUCCCUCUUGUUUCUCGGAGUGGAAGAAUUCGGAAACUGUUGUUGGAAGCAAAAGAUUCUAAAGUUUCACACAUCAAUAUACCUGCUGUACCCGGUGGAGCAGAAGCCUUUGAGCUUGCUGCAAAAUUCUGCUAUGGUGUAAAUGUUGAGAUCACACAAUCAAAUGUUGCUAUGCUAUUGUGUACAGCUCAUUUCCUUGAAAUGACAGAAGAUUUUGCAGAGAAAAACCUGGAAGCUCGAGGUGAAGCUUACCUAAAGGAGAUGGUGCUCCCUAACAUAUCGAGUUCAAUAUCUGUUCUUCAUCGCUGUGAAGCACUUUUGCCUGUAUCAGAAGAGAUCAACUUAGUUGGCAGACUUAUCAAUGCAAUUGCAAGCAAUGCGUGCAAAGAGCAACUAACCUCUGGCUUGCUAAAACUUGACCAUAACUUCCCAGCGAAGCAAGCAAACAUGGAGCCAGAAACACCAGCAGACUGGUGGGGCAAAUCACUCACAGUGCUCAAUCUUGAUUUCUUCCAACGAGUUUUAUCUGCAGUAAAAUCAAAGGGUUUGAAACAAGAUAUGAUCAGCAAAAUUUUGAUAAAUUAUGCCCAUAAUUCUCUUCAAGGCCUCGUCGUAAGAGAUCCUCAUUUUGUGAAAGGAAGUCUCCUAGAUAUGGAGCUGCAGAAGAAACAAAGGGUCAUUGUUGAAGCAAUAGUUAGCUUACUACCAACUCAGUCAAGGAAGAGUCCAGUCCCAAUGGCCUUUCUUUCCAGUUUGUUGAAGACCGCAAUAGCAUCAUCAACAACGACUUCUUGCAGAUCAGAUUUGGAGAGGAGGAUUGGUCUUCAACUAGAUCAGGCAAUCCUUGAAGACAUCCUAAUCCCAGCAAAUUCACAUGGAAACAGCCACAGCACCAUGUAUGACACAGAUUCAAUCUUUAGGAUCUUCUCCAUGUUUCUCAACUUAGAUGAGGAUGAUGAGGAAGACAAUCACUUGCGGGAUGAAAGUGAGAUGGUUUAUGAUUUUGACAGCCCUGGAUCUCCCAAGCAGAGCUCAAUUCUUAAGGUAUCAAAGUUACUGGAUAACUAUCUUGCAGAAGUUGCACUAGACUCUAACUUGAUGCCCUCAAAGUUCAUAGCACUUGCAGAGCUACUUCCAGACCAUGCUCGUAUAGUCAGUGAUGGGUUGUACAGAGCUGUUGAUAUCUUCCUCAAAGUUCAUCCAAACAUUAAAGAUUCUGAGAGGUACAGACUCUGCAAGACAAUAGACUGUCAGAAAUUAUCUCAGGAAGCCUGCAGCCAUGCCGCUCAAAACGAAAGGUUACCCGUACAGAUGGCAGUCCAAGUGCUAUAUUUCGAGCAGAUAAGGCUGAGGAAUGCAAUGAAUGGAGGGCACAAUCAGUUUUUCUUCGGAGCAAUAAACGGUCAAUUCCCUCAACGUUCCGGCAGUGGUGCAGGAAGUGGGGCUAUCUCUCCAAGAGACAAUUAUGCAUCAGUAAGAAGAGAGAACCGAGAGUUGAAGCUUGAAGUUGCACGAAUGAGGAUGAGACUUACAGAUCUUGAAAAGGAUCACGUGUCAAUGAAACAAGAGCUUGUAAAGACUCAUCCUGCAAAUAAGCUGUUCAAAUCAUUCACAAAAAAAUUAAGCAAGCUGAAUUCUUUAUUCAGAACAAACGGUCUUAAGCCAAUUGGGGGUAAGGCAAACUCUGAAACAAGAUUCUUGUUUCAGAAAAGGCGGCGUAAUUCUGUUUCCUGACUGUAAAUGAACAUGUGUGUACUAUAAUAAAGUAACCUAAAAAAGAGUGUACAGAAACAAGUGUAGUGUGGUUUUAUCGAAUGUCUGCUGUCUAGUGCUAGUACUUGUAGUAAUUCAGCUUGGUGGGUUUUGUAGUGUUCAUCCGAAUUUACCAUGUUUGAUUACAGAGACUGCUCCCUUCGUUUCCUUUUAAUGCAAGGCAGGGACUCUUAUCAGAUUAUUCUAUUAUGAAAUACCAUGUCUAGACAACAAUUUCUACCGCAAAAUUUCUUAUAGAACAAGGCAAAAAGGAUCCAUAUUGUUUUCAAGUAAUUCUCCUGUGCCCGUAGAGAGAAAUUCUUAUAAGAAUUUGGCCAUGAAGUGCAGUCAAUAAGGACUCCAUGGCCCAAUGGAUAAGGCGCUGGUCUACGGAACCAGAGAUUCUGGGUUCGAUCCCCAGUGGAGUCGGUCUUUUUUUGUUAAAAAUCUUUUCGACAAAUUCCUAAUAGAACACUUCAAGACACUUGGGUCGUUCCUCGGUGCUACAAACACUGAUUCAGUUAUUUAAGCAAAGCCAUCUCUCGUCUGGGUGACGGUCCUUCAAUGUCAUCGUGCGUCGACGGCGCAUGAGAGGUAGGAUAAAGAGAUAGAGAUGCGCGUAUCUUUAUCUGGGUUUGGAAAUGCGUUGCCGUUUUCGAGAAUCUUUAGGCAGCUUGAGCAAGAGAUGGAAACUGUGGUCAAGAUUCUACAGCCUGGACCAUUGGGAAUAGUGGAACACAAGUUCUCUGCGGAGGAGAUAUGCAAGGCAAAUGCUACAGUUCGUGGGGCAGUUGAGAAUUGGCGAAGAAAUGCAAAUCUAGAGUACAGAAGUGACAUCCUAAAAGAUUUUGUUCAUGUGAAGGCGUAAUUGCCUCAUUGUGUUCAUGGAUGAUAGAAUGAUUAACAUUCUUACAGAUUUUGAAGCCCAUCUCAGUCCGUUGUCAAAACAUUUUCCCCUUCAAUAGCCCACUAAACAAAUUUUACAUUCUAGGUUGGGCUUGGAUUUUCCAGUAUGACCAUUUAUGAUCCUUUUGUUAUGAUUUCACUGAUGGAGAGAAUGCAAUUUUUUUUUUUCA